AAGUAGAUGGUGAAAUGAUAUCAAAGUCACAUGGUACCAGCCAACAAUAUUUCAGUUGUUCAGCUUUUAUACUGUGUUGGGGAUGUCAAAUCCCCAGAACUUACUUGGUAAAUGGCCUAAUCUUGUAGUUUUAUUUUGAAAAUUUGAAUUUAGCUGUUUUCGCGCCAAAAGCGCUCUUUUACCUUCACGUCAUAUUUCCCACCUGUAAACUAUCUUAACCGCUAUUGGUCCUUUGUUUCUUUAUGUGUGCUAUUUACUAAUGGUGCUCAAGGACAAUUUGUUACUGUAUAAAUGCGCUUGACUUUUUCCCUUAUUUGAUUGCUUGUACUCGGCUGCUUACGGAAUACAUAUAUAUUCCCCUACUUGCCUUGGACUUCUUCAUCUAGUUAGCGGGGCCUGGGACAACAGAUUAGAAUAGCUUAUCGUGUCAUUGUGUCAUUUGGUUUUCGUUCGUUACCGCGGAAUCGAUUUAGUUUCAGGCAUAACAAUUGGCGACGGUGGUUUGGAAACAUGGAUCCUUCUAAACUCGAAUCAUUACUUGAACAGCAGCUGAAGCUCAUACAAAUGCUGACAGACAUGAAAGUUUCGCCCCCUUCACAGCCUAGCACAGCUAAUGCAACCACAGCACCAUCAGUAGACGGCGUCGCAAAUAGUAUUGCUGAGUUUCAUUAUGAUCCUGAUGCAAACGUUACUUUUGACAUGUGGUUCCGGCGUUAUGAAGACCUAUUUAAAUUUGAUUUUGCUAAUCAAGAUGAUGCUUGGAAGGUACGACUGCUACUUCGGAAGUUGGGUGCAAGUGAGCUGGACAGGUACUGCAAUUUGAUCCUGCCAUUGAAUCCACGUGAUCGCUCUUUCGCAGACACAGUCCAGACACUAAGCCUACAUUUUGGGGACAAUUCAUCAUUGUUUAACACCCGUUACCGAUGUUUGAAGCUGGUUAUGAACGAAGACGAUGACUUCCUUACGCAUGUGGGCAUCGUUAACCGUGAAUGCGAACGGUUCCGGUUAAAGUCUUUAUCUGAAGACCAGUUCAAAGCCCUUAUCCUCAUUUGCAGCCUUCAGUCCCAGAAGUUCAGUGACAUAAGAACGCGACUACUAUGUCGAUUGGACCAAGAUCCAAAACUCACACUAAAUGACAUGGCUAAUGAAUAUCAACGCCUAGUAAAUCUACAACGAGACACGUCGAUGGUUGAGAGUGGUGGGUCUAGUCGAUCGGAAGUACGAGUAAUCCAAAAGACAACUAACCAGAAUCAGUGCGCUCCCGCUGCAUUCAGUCCAACUCAUUUCAGCCCAAUUCGACAGACCAGAACAAAUCCCUCCACUCCUUGCUGGCAUUGUGGUGCAUGGCACUACGUAAGGAAUUGCCCAUUUAAGCAACAUCGAUGCAGGAAGUGCAAGGUUGUUGGCCACAAGGACGGGUUUUGCCUUAAGAGCACACCAAAUCGAUCCAGUAAUACCAAAAAGACGGUUCCAAAGCCCUGUACCUCUUCUUUGAGCUUGGUAUCUUCUUGUCAGAGUUCAUCACCAGGUGAGAGGAAAUUCAUUAACAUUAAUAUUAAUGGACAUUUUUUUAGAUUGCAAAUAGAUACCGCAUCAGACGUCACCAUCCUCUCUCACAAAAAUUGGAUCAAAAUGGGUCGCCCAAGCCUGCAGCGAACAACUAAAAAGCCUCGUACCGCAUGUGGUAAUUUCCUACACUUAGAAGGACAAUUGGAAUGUAGAGUGACCUUCCGGGAGUCGUCAUUUACCGGGGUAUGUCAUAUAACUCCAGCUGAUCUAAAUUUACUUGGUUUAGAUUGGUUCGAUCAACUGAAAUUGGCUGAUGUCCCACUAAAUACCAUAUGCCACAUGAUAUCACAACCUCAUGGCACUGAAUCGUAUACCAGGAAGCUAAUGGCGCAGUUUUCAUCGAUUUUCCAGCCUGGUUUGGGACAGUGUUCUACCUUAAAAGCAACGCUUCGUUUGAAACCUGGAGCUAAGCCUGUCUUUCGUCCCAAAAGACCCGUGCCUUAUGCGACGUUACCAACAGUAGAUGAAGAAUUAAACCGCCUCCAACAACAAGGAGUAAUUACUCCCGUUUCUUACUCCGCCUGGGCAGCACCGAUAGUGGUCAUCAAGAAAGCAAACGGCACCUUACGAAUAUGUGCUGAUUUUUCUACAGGUCUAAAUGCAGCCCUUGAACAACACCACUAUCCCUUACCAGUUCCGGCAGAUUUGUUUACGAUGCUGAAUGGGGGAAAAUUCUUCGCAAAACUGGAUCUUGCUGAUGCUUAUUUGCAAGUUGAAGUAGACGAAGCAUCUAGGGAGCUGCUUACUAUCAACACUCACCGUGGGUUAUUUCAGUACAACCGUUUACCAUUCGGUGUCAAGACUGCACCAUCUAUUUUCCAACAAUUAAUGGAUACUAUCUUAUCGGGCAUCCCGGGAGUCGCGGCUUACCUUGACGACAUUCUAAUUGUUGCCGCAACGUUAGAACAGCUACAUGAGCGAACGACAUCGGUACUGAAACGCAUUAGUGAAAACGGGUUCCGGUUACGACCUGAGAAAUGCCAGUUUUUAUUACGGUCCGUAAAGUAUUUGGGGUUUAUUUUUGAUGCUGACGGCCGCAGACCGGGUCCUGAAAAUGUCCAAGCGAUACGACAGAUGCCCACACCCACGAAUAUCUCCGCACUGCGUUCCUUCAUGGGACUGGUCUCUUACUAUGCCGCGUUCGUCCCUUCAAUGCAUGACAUUCGUGCCCCACUGAAUGGCCUACUGAGCAAGAACAGUACGUGGAACUGGACUAAAGAGUGUGACGCAGCAUUCUGUAAACUGAAGUCCAUCAUCAGCUCGAAAUUGUUAUUAACGCACUACGAUCCAUGCAUGCCAAUCAUUGUAGCUGCAGAUGCCUCAGCGUAUGGCGUAGGAGCCGUCAUUUCUCAUCAGUUUCCAGACGCAACAGAGAAGGCUGUCAUGCACGCAUCCCGAACACUGACCCCGGCAGAAAGGAAGUAUAGUCAGAUAGAGAAGGAGGCUCUCGCCCUGGUGUUUGCGGUGCGGCGGUUCCACAAAUUUUUGUACGGUCGGAGGUUCACACUCCUUACGGAUCACAAGCCCCUUCUCGCAAUUUUUGGUUCGAAAUCUGGCGUCCCGGCCCACUCUGCAAACCGUCUCCAACGAUGGGCUUUGAUCCUCUUGGGGUAUGAUUUUGACAUUCAGUAUCGACGCACCAAACAAUUUGGUCAAGCAGACGCAUUGUCACGACUCAUCAACGAACACUCUACGACCGAUGAAGAUGCCGUUAUCGCUUCUUUUUCGACAGAAGACCACGCGCAAUGCUACCUGACAACCGCUGUUCGUGCUUUGCCAGUCUUAGAAUCUGAGAUACAAAUUGCUUCCAGAAACGACCCCGUCAUUAAGAAAACGAUGAACUACGUCACCAAUGGCUGGCCAUCAACUGAACUUGACGGUGACAUGAAGCAGCUUUACCAUCGUCGUGACUCAUUAUGUGUCGUAAAUGAAUGCUUGAUGUUUGGAGAUAGAGUGGUCGUGCCAGAAUCCCUACGACCGAGGGUGCUGAAGCAAUUCCACAUUGGUCAUCCAGGCAUAAAGCGUAUGAAACCCAUCGCCAGAAGCUAUGCUUACUGGCCCCUCAUGGACCAGCAUAUCGUGGAUCUAGUAAACAAAUGUGCUCAGUGUCAACAAGCUGCAAAGUCCAAUGCGAAGGUACCGCCGGUCCCAUGGCCACAGCCUGAGCAUCCCUGGUCUAGGAUACAUAUCGACUUUGCCGGUCCAGUCAACGGAACCACAUAUCUUAUCGUGGUCGACGCCUUCUCAAAAUGGCCGGAGAUUGUUCCCGUCACUCCACCAACGACCACCCAGACUCUGAAACAUUUGACUGAGUUGUUCGCACGAAACGGAUUACCGGAAGUGAUUGUAUCCGACAACGGUUCGCAGUUCGCCUCGGCGCAGUUCCAAGAGUUCUGCAAACGCCUAACCAUCAGGCAUCUUCGCGCCCCACCUUACCACCCACAAUCGAAUGGGCAAGCGGAAAGGUUCGUGGAUACGUUCAAGAGGGCUCUGAUUAAGUCAAAAGGGGAGGGGACGCCAGUGGAAACACUGCAGAAUUUUUUAUUUGCCUACAGAACGACCCCCAACGACACGCUGCCGGAGCAGAAGUCCCCCGCAGAGAUCCUCAUGGGAAGACGGCUGAGGACCAUUCACAACUUGAUGCUGCCGAAAUCCACACCACCACUAAUACAAACCACGUCCCGGAAGCUACCCACGUACAACGUUGGAUGCCCAGUAUUCGCUCGGGACUACAGAGCAAAUCGUGACCCUUGGAUCGAAGCACGUGUGGUUAGACGGAUGGGAGAAGUUAUGUAUGAGGUUGAGGUAGGAACGGACAGAUGGACCAGACAUCGAAAUCAACUACGCAAGCGGUUAACACCAGAGCGCCCAUCGACCGAAGUAAAGAUUCCGCUGGACGUACUAUUGGAUACAUUUAAUCUGCCGGCAGUCCCAACGCAUGAAGAAGAUCAAAAGGUCGAUCUACGGUCCCGAAGAUGGUCACUGCGCCAACGGCGACAGACAGUUAGAAUGCAGGUGGACCCAAAGAAUGUCCGUUACUAAAAAGGGGAGGUGUUGGGGAUGUCAAAUCCCCAGAACUUACUUGGUAAAUGGCCUAAUCUUGUAGUUUUAUUUUGAAAAUUUGAAUUUAGCUGUUUUCGCGCCAAAAGCGCUCUUUUACCUUCACGUCAUAUUUCCCACCUGUAAACUAUCUUAACCGCUAUUGGUCCUUUGUUUCUUUAUGUGUGCUAUUUACUAAUGGUGCUCAAGGACAAUUUGUUACUGUAUAAAUGCGCUUGACUUUUUCCCUUAUUUGAUUGCUUGUACUCGGCUGCUUACGGAAUACAUAUAUAUUCCCCUA